AAGGGGGGUUUGUUGACAUGUGUCCUCAUGUUUUUUUUUUGUAUUUAUACUAUAUAUAUCUGAGUAACUGAGUCAAGAUUUCAUAUGUAUCUUUUCAAUUAACUAUAUAUAAUUGGGACUCAAGUGUGAGUUCAAUAAAGCAUUUUAUAUAAGCUUUUAAGGUACACAUGCCAAUUUUAUAAUAAUCCUAAUCUCUAAUUAUAUUAAGACAUACUCAGAUUUUUAUACUGUAUCACCAUCAUAAAAUAUAUCUAUCUUUGUCACAAUAUGCUUUAUUUUCAAAUUAUAUCGAUCAACUUACGUUAAAUAAUACAUAUUCCCAUUUUCAUAUUUUCUAAGUUCUUCAAAUAGUAAAAAUUGUAAUCAUAAAAAGCCAGUAAUUAUAUGUUUUUAGAAGAGUGAUUUUCCAUUUCCAUCGUGUUAAAAAAUUUCAGAUUACAUUUAUUGUUUUGUUUGCUUAUACUGGCUCUCGCUAUUGUUUAAAGUAAUGAUAUAAUUUUUGUACUCUCUUGAAGUAUCAAUUUCUGAAUAUAUCAGAAGUUUACAUAAGCAUUAACUAAUUAUUUUUUUUAAGAAGAUUGAGUUCAAUUUAGUUAAUGAAAUUUUGAGUCUCUUUGAUUUUCCAGUUUACAUAAUAAAAAAAACUAUUCUGGAAUUCAGAUUCUUGCAACUGGGUGAUGUUACUUAAUGUAUUAUUUUGGAAUUUACAGGAAAUGAUGUCAAAAGAGAUGGUUAAAAUAAAUCCAGAUAUGCUAAUGCUAAGUGAUGAUCAGACUCCUAAGAUUGGAGCUAGCUUGAGCCAAUCUAAACGAAGGAAGAUUUCAAUUGUUGGCAUUAAACCCAACAUACCUGACCUGAAUGUGAAACCUUGUUAUGAUUCUGAUGAGGAAGAAAAAGGAGAAAUUACAAAAACAUUUCAGAAUCUUGCAGGUUUAAAAUCUCAUGAUGGAUGUUAUGUUCAUCAUAAGCUUUUGUACGAGCUUGAGGUCGAGAUCUUUGCUCGUCUUCCAUGCUUUGAAUACUGGAAACUGCAGUUUCUUAACAAGAAAUUUUUGCAGUUGUUAAAAAGUGGUGAAAUUUUCAGGGUGAGACAAGAAAAAGGCCUUGUGAAACCCUACGUGAUUUUGCAUUCAGGGGCUGAUUCAAAUUGGGAAAUGUUUGAUAAGGAUUUUAAAAACUUUCAGAAACUUCCUAAAGUUCCUUCUUCUGACUAUUGCUUUUUCCACAGCGAUAAGGAAACAAUUAGUGUGGGUACUCAGUUAAUUGUCAUUGGAAGAGAAAUAGAGGGAAUUGUGGUGUUUCGCUACGAGCUAGAGAAUCAUAAGUGGUUCAAAGGUCCUUCAAUGAUCACACCGAGGGUCAUGUACGGUUCUGCUAGCCAUGGAAAAACCGCAUUUUUUGCAGGAGGCAUUCAAAAGGAUGACAAUGAGAACCCUAUAGUUGUUCGAACCGUAGAAAAGUAUAAUGCUGAUACAAAAAGUUGGACUAUGAUUAAUGGAAUGCAUAAAGCAAGGAAGUUCAGCUCAGGAUGUUUCUUGCGUGGAAAGUUUUAUGUCCUCGGUGGCCGAGAUGAGAAUGAUAAACACCUCACUUGUGGAGAAAGUUAUGAUGAGACCACAAAUUCUUGGGAGUUGAUACCUGACAUGUUAAAGGACAUGACAUUCAUUAUUCCUUCCCAAUCUCCGCCUCUUAUAGCUGUGGUUGAUGACAAUCUAUACAUGUUGGAGACAUCUUUGAACGAGCUUCGCGUAUAUGAUAUAAACACAAAUAUUUGGAAGAAACUUGGUGUUGUCCCUGUGAGCGCAAACACUACCUUUGGUUGGGGGACUGCGUUUAAAUCUAUGGGAGAUAGACUUCUGGUUGUUGGAACUUAUCACUCUUGGCAUAGGAAAGCAAUAGUCUACUCAUGCCGUCCUUCUCCAGACGUGGAAGAGCAGCACUGGGAAGAAUUAAAAUAUUGGUGCACUGGUGCUGAGCUCCCACCGUUUAUUCAUAACUGUUGUGUUAUGUUUGCUUAAAGUUGUUUCCGAGGCAAA